AUGGGGGGAAAGGGGGUUCAGGCCCGUGGCGAUGCGUCGUCGGAAAAGACACAGGAGCCGUCACAGCUUCGAGCACGACAGACGCAGGAAGGGAAGGACGCGAAAUUGUCUCGCACGGAAGAGAAGCAGACAAGCGAAGCUACGCCAAGUCUGUUGGGGAAACUCCAGCAUCCUACACAGAGGUCCCUGACCGACAAGGUUCGUCUUCGCUCCCAUUCUUCCGAUGUCAAAGUCGAGGAAGGAGCCCUCGUCGUCCGUCCGGUUCUUCGUGGGAAAAUCCACCUCACUCUGCUGAUCCUCUCGCCCGCGUGGAUUUUUUUUAUUUUGAGCGCAUGCAGCAGUCCGAGUUCCUUCGUUGCCGCGGCGAUCUCCUGCUUCACAUUCGUCUGGAAUUUCAUGGCCAGCGCUCUCCUCCACUGCUUUGAGUGGACACACCGCCCGGGGAUCUACCAGCUUCUUCACAAGCUCGACCAUGCAGGAAUAUUCAUGGUGAUCAGUGGAAGCACAACUCCCAUUCCCAUGCUUCUUCUCGAUGCCGGCUCUUCUUGCUGGCUUCUUCUCGUCCAACUUGCGGCGACCAUCUACGGUUUCUGCUCGAUUAUUUUCGGGGAUCUGACUUCAACGGGGCGAGCCCGACGCGCGUACACGUACAUUUUUGUGGGGCUUCUCCAUGCGCUAUUUCUCUCAGAGUACUACCGCGUUUUGAAGUCUAGCGAAUUGAUUGCUGUCUUUGCUCUGGCCUCACUCUAUGUCGUGGGCGCCUUGGUCUACAGUUGCAAGCGCCCCGAUCCGUUCCCUUUAGUGUACGGCUUCCACGAGGUGUUCCAUUCCUUCUGUUUCCUAAGUUUUCUUCUCACAUUGUGGCUUGACUACGUUGUCAUCAAAAGGGUGGAGUGGGGAUGAAAUCUGGCAAGUCGCAUGCAGAGGAGGCGCGGCUGCGGGCCUCGAAGCAGCUCCCGUGCAGGAGCCUGUACAGUGAAGAUGGAGGAUGCGGGAAAACGAAAAGGAUGUAUACGAACAGAAGCGAAAAGUGACGCGUGACCCUGAGACUUCCGUCGGCAGCUUUUGAGUGAUCUUCAGCAGGCACUGCUACAGCUUCCAGCGAAUGUCGCCUGAUCUAUGAUGCCAUACACUCCCGUACGUAGUGCUUGCACUUAUGCCUGCG